AUCACGUUUUUUGCAAUUUCGGCAAAAUGUCGAUGCAAAGUCGCUCUUUUCGGGCUUUCGGUCCCAAUAAUAACGCGCUUGCGGUCAAUUUUGUUAUUAUUUUCAAACAAGUUUGGUGAAUUUGGGCUGCAAUGUUGGCAACACAAUUAAAAGUUUCAGCCGUUAGUUGUUUUGUUUGAAAGAAGUGUUUUGCGUCCAAGAGAAAGCACCUGUAUGUAUCAAAAGAAGCAAAAAAACCUGUUUAUCCACACGUGCUAAAAAGCCAAAUUUCGUAAUAUGGACCGCAUAACACUCGAAGAGCUCCAACGAAAUAUAUACUACUCGAAUAAAUACUACGACGACGAGUAUGAAUACAGACACGUAAUGUUGCCCAAGGAAAUGGUCCAACUGGUGCCUAAAAGUCAUUUGAUGUCGGAGGAGGAAUGGCGAAGGAUUGGAGUGCAACAGAGCCAUGGUUGGGUACAUUACAUGACACACGCACCAGAGCCCCACAUUCUCCUAUUUAAAAGACCCAUAACGACGCCCCCGGCAAAGAACGAGAAGUAGUAGUCGGGUUAAUUUUUAAGUUUGGAUGUUUUAUUUAUGUAAACGCGUGGUGUUUACACAAUGCUCACUCGAGCCUAUGUAUAGCUCCCUAAUUUUCAAACAAGGCUGUUUUUAUGUUGUAUCAAAGUCAUGUUUCGUUUUUCUUGCAAGUGUGACUUCUGUGCUUCAGUGUUUUUUUAAUAAAGUUACUUUUAUAUGAA